AUAAUCCAUAUAUAUUCGGUCUCAAAAUAUUAUUUUUAAAUUAUGCUGCCAAAUUUGAUUUCACGUCUUGCGUCUCAUGUGCGAUGCACAGAGGCAACAAUAUAUUUAACUCAUAGACUAUAUGCUAAGAGCUCAAAGACAGAUGAUAAGAAUAGUCCCGAACGCAGCUGCAAGCGAACACCGAAGAAAAAGAAGUGUACGAAAGUUCCAGCUCCAAGCCCGAGUUUCUCAGAAUGCAAAAAGGAACCCAUAAGUCCAAGGAAAACAAGCGAGUGCGACUGUCUGAAGCGACCAAAUUUGUGUCCGACCAAUGACAACAAAUUGCAAUAAAAUAAUAAAUAGAACUUAGCAACCCAAAUUGAAACUUCAAAGAUUAUAUUAUGCUUUCUAUUCAAAUUUAUUAAAGAUUGAAUACUAAAUAUUAUUAUAUUUUUCCUCAAUAUCAAAAUUCUAAAAAAGAAUGAAAUCGUUAAGGUCGAUUAAUAUCGGUAGCUUGUUGGGUAAGACUUGCGAAGCUCUUCGUAUGGCUGGCCACCCAACAUUGUUGAACAAUUCUUGUUGCAAGCUACGCAAUGAAGCUCGAAAAUUGGCUGUGCUACGGAGACGGAAACGAUUUUCUCUUUUCGAUCGGCAGUUCUACAGACCCCGUCCAAUUAAUCAGCGCAUAUUUAGUCGCACCUGGCUAAGGAAGAUAGAAUCUGAAGAAGAACCGAUGCCUGCACAACCAUUUGAUCGAAGUGUGUUGACGUCGCUUACAAAAAGAAUUUCCGACUGUGAACCUGCUUUUAACGAUUUUAAAUCUAAUUGUGAUAUGCGCAAGCGAAAAAUUUCACAAUCGUGCAAAGUAGAACCCAAAGUUGUUAAAAGUAGUAGAUGUAGAAAUAAACAGCGAGGAAGUGGGAACGUUAAAAAGUCGAAAGCUUCCCCAAUCAACUUAGCGAUUUGUAAACUUGGUUCCUUGAAGCAUAAGUCAACGCGAAUAUCUUAUCCUCGUAAUAACUGCAUUAUCAGAACUAGCGCAUUUUCUUUGGAUCGUAGCACAUAUUAAAAAAAAUGAAAUCAUGUAACUCGUAUAAUUAUGCUCGUAAAUUAAAAUAUAACUAAGUAACCUAAGCUUAACUUCUAACCAAGUGUUUUAAACUGUAUUCUAAAUAUUUCAAAUGCUGUCAAAAUUUAAAAAUAAUAAAUUGAUCUUUUGGUUGAUAGAAUCAAAAUUAUUAUAAAAACAAAAAUGCGGUCACUGAAGCCCUUCAUUCAGCUAGCAAAUAAAGCAGGACGCGGUGUCCACGUGGUUACCAAUCGAACUAAUCUCAAGAAUAGUUGUUGGGAGCUCCGUAAGGAUACUCGUCAGGCUAACCGUAAUUUCAACGGAUCUCAUGAGGGCAGGAAUCAUCAGUCCUAUCGAUCCAGUCCAGUUGAUCAGCAAUUUGGCAACUGGCCUAGUUCAGAGACGAUAGAUAAAGCUGGUUCCUCAAUGCUGAACCGUACUUCGGAAUAUAAUUCAACUUCGAGAGCCGAUUGUACGCACUAUACGCCAACAUCAAUGGCGGAUCGUAGAUAUUAUCGCACUUGGAACGAUUAUGGAGAGUGCAUUCAAUUCAUGAAACCAACCUUGCGGAUGCAGGAAUUCAAACGUCCUCCGGUGCGCAAACGUGUGCUUCCUUUUAAAUUACAGGCGGAUGAAGAACCGAAGCUCAAGAAAGAAACUUACUAUAAUUGCAAUGGGCUGGAUUUUGGUAUUCUUUCCUUUGGACCAUAGCUUUGAAUAAAUCUUAUUUUGCUUA